GGAUCAAGCCAAAAAAUAAAAAAGACUAGGCAUGCAACAAAGAGGAGAGGCAUGAAGAAAAAGAGCUCAGUCCACUCAGUCUGGUGUGGAGAAGUUCCGAUGAUAUCCUAGAAGACAUUGAGAGAUUUUUUUGACUGCUGAGAGUCCCACCAUUCAACAGCUGAGAUGGCUCGGGACAUGUCUGAUAAGGACAUCAUGAAAAUGGAGCUGGAGCAGCUGCAGAAAGAAGUUAACACCCCCCGGACUGCAAUGUCUACAACUGCCCCAGAGCUUGUCUCCUUCAUCGAGGCCCAGUCUGCAGAAGACCCCUUAAUCAAGGGAGUUCCUGAAGACAAGAACCCCUUUAAAGAGAAAGGAGGUUGUGUUAUUACAUAGCGAUGUCUUCGUAAUAAUGACAGAAGGAUUUAUGAUGGGUUCGUCAUGGGUUUUUCCUCAUUGUCUACAGGCAAUAAGUGAAAGAGGAGAAAGAGAUUGUUUUAUUUUCUCACCUUCUCAUUAAGUUCAUCAUUCUUUAAAAUAGAGUAGAAGCACAAAACACUCCUUCACUCACUCCUUCUCACCAAUCUUCAUGGAUCUUUUUCUUUAAUGUGUGUUCAAAAAUAUCUACAUUUGUAUGGUAUUUUUAGAGUGGACAAGUGAUAUUGUAUAUAGUGGACAUUAGUAAAAUUUUAAAUGUAUAUCGGGAUUUCUGUAAAGCUGCUUCGUGACAAUGUCCAUUGUUAGAAUCGCUAUAUAAAUAAAAUUGAAUUGA